CUAUACAACCUCAAAACUUGAUAAGCCCACAUUUCGUUGUCCCCCAUUACUGGAAUCGCACACACACAAACCCCCCGCCCCACUCCUCCCUCCUCUCUCUCUCUCCCACCCUCACAAAAUGGCCGCCGGAGAGACCACGGCGGCGGAAGACGGAGCGACGGCAGCCCCCCUCCGAUUAAUCCGAGACGUCGCCCGGAUUUCCACCGCCGGCUUCUCCGGGGUUUUCAAGAAAGACUGUGCUGACCUGGCACGCCGGGUUUCUCUCUUGGCCCAUUUGCUCGAAGAAAUUAGGGAUUCCAAGAAAAUUCAAGAAAAUGGCGAAGUGGUGGUGGGCCCCACUUCUUCUUCUUCUUCUUCCUACCUUUCUUACAUUUCAGAUGUAACCGUGGCCCUCCAGGCUGCGAAGAGACUCGUCUCCGCCGCUAACAACUUCGACGAUUCCAAGGUUUCUUCUAACGGAGCGACAAAGAAAUUCUUCUUUCAAUUCCAAUGUGUGACGUGGAAAUUGGAGAAAGCAUUGACUAAUUUACCUUACGACGAUUUUGACAUAUCAGAAGAAGUGCAAGAACAAGUUGACUUAAUCCGAGCGCAGCUGAGACGAGCCACCGAAAGAUACGGCGGGCCCUUGAACUCAACCUUAUUGUGCAGGGCAUUAUCUCAGCCGUUGGAUAAAGAAAUCAAUCCGUUUCAUCCAAGCAACAGAUCGUUGAUUGAUUGUUUACAUGUCGAGAAUAUAGGGAUUAUCGACCAUCAAGCCGGAUUAAAAUCGAGUCCUUCACAAGGCAAUGGCUCGGUACACCAUGCUGUAGAUGAUGUCGACAAGAAAGAAAGCUCGUCAAAUGACAUUUCUGCCCCUAAGGAUUCUUCGGAUGGUGCGGACAUCGAAAAAUUGGACGAGAACAAGAAACUAGAUUCGCCUAUAAUCCCCGACGAUUUUCUCUGUCCUAUAUCGCUCGAACUUAUGAGGGAUCCGGUGAUUGUCGCCACGGGGCAGACGUACGAGAGGUCUUACAUACAGAGAUGGAUCGACUGCGGCAACACAACAUGCCCGAAAACUCAACAAAAACUCCGCCACGUCACCCUCACUCCGAACUACGUCUUACGAAGCCUAAUCUCACAGUGGUGCACCAAGCACAACAUGGAGCAGCCCACACUACUAACCAACGGCCGCAUAAAAACAAGCGACGGUUCGUUCCGCCACGUCAGCGCCGACAUCAUCUCAUCCGUCGGAACCCUCGUCCGCAGCCUCUCGAGCAGAUCCUUAGACGAACAAAGGGCGGCGGUUUCCGAGAUCCGAUCCCUCUCCAAACGGAGCACCGAGAAUCGAAUCUUGCUGGCCGAAUUAGGCGCUAUCCCGAUUCUGGUCAACAUGCUGACUUCCGUUGACUGUCUGAUCCAAGACAAUGCUGUUACUUCGAUCCUUAACCUCUCCAUUUACGACAACAACAAAGGGCUGAUAAUGUUGGCGAACGCAAUCCCGUCGAUUGUACAAGUCUUGAGAUCGGGAAGCAAUGAGGCUAAAGAAAAUUCCGCAGCUACCCUUUUCAGCUUGUCGCUCGCGGACGAGAAUAAAAUAAUAAUCGGAGCAUCGGGGGCAAUUCCGGAAUUAGUGGAUUUAUUGAAGAACGGGAGCUCGAGAGGCAAGAAAGACGCUGCGACGGCUUUGUUCAACUUGUGUAUAUAUCACGGGAAUAAAGGGAGGGCCGUUAGGGCUGGGAUUAUUACUGCUUUAUUGAAGAUGCUAACGGAAUCUAGUAGUGUAAUGGUUGACGAAGCUCUGACGAUUCUUUCGGUACUUUCUACUCACCAAGAGGCUAAAGCAGCGAUCGUGAAGGCCAGCACGAUUCCCGUUUUGGUGGAUCUUGUAAGAACGGGGUUACCUAGGAAUAAGGAAAAUGCGUGCGCGAUUCUGCUUUCGUUGUGCAAGAGAGAUAAGGAGAAUCUUGCGUGUUUGAGUAGGCUUGGUGGUGUUAUACCUUUGACCGAGCUUGCUAAAAACGGGACCGAGAGAGCAAAGAGGAAGGCGAGUUCUUUGUUGGAGAAUCUUCGUAAGUUGCAACAGCUUUAACGGGAAUUUUUUUUUUACUACGGAAUUCGAUUUAAUUUAUUUUUGAUUAUUUGUUUCUGACGGUGGAAGUGACACGAGUUUUAGGGUGUGGGGAAGACGACAGUUUGGAGGGUGAGGGAAGCUAAAUAUAUAUAUUUUUUCUCACUCUUGGUUUCGAUUUGUAUUUAUUAUUUAUUUAUUUUACUUCAUUCUUGGAUUGGAUGUACCAUUUGUUUGAUCUGUUUACUUUGUAAUUUUUACGACUAAACAUGCUGAUUGCUUCUUUUGUUGAUAUUACUCUGUUGGAACAAAGGUGUUCUGAAGAUUUGAUGUAAUAAAAAUGUGUUUCUGUUUAUU